UCCAGUGGAACAGGAUCCCAUGAGUGGCUCUGGAAUUGUUGCCUGUGGAGCCACGUGAUGGGCUGAACUCACAGCUCUGGAGCAGGACCCAUCCCUCCAGAAGAGCAGCCUUUGCUCCAGGAAGUGCACACAGACACUGCAAGAGCUGAUUUUUCAUUUUCUUUCAACCUUCCUCCCCUGGAUUUGCUUUGUUCCAGCCCUCCAUGGAUCCUGCAGCUUUUGGGCAGCUCUGACACCACAAUUCCCAGGCUGAGGAGUUUGGUUUUCAUGGUGUCUCAGCUUUGUCAGGCAAACAACUCCAGCAUCCUCUGGAUGGCUCCUCUGGAGGAUCCAUCUGACUCUGCCUUUGCUCCAGGAAGUGCACACAGACACUGCAAGAGCUGAUUUUUCAUUUUCUUUCAACCUUCCACCCCUGGAUUUACUUUGUUUCAACCCUCCAUGGAUCCUGCAGCUUUUGGGCAGCUCUGACACCACAAUUCUCAGGCCAGGGAGUUUGGUUUUCAUGGUGUCUCAGCAUUGUCAGGCAAACAACUCCAGCAUGUGCAGCACUCUGGAUGAUCCAUCUGUCUUUGCCUGAGCCUCCUGCUUUUCUUCUGGAGCUGCUGGAAGGGAAACUUUCUCCACAUCAGCACAGCCUGGUUUGGGGAGGGCUACAGCUCCUGCCCUGCUGUCAUCCCUGUUCCUGAGUGCUUUCCAUGACCCUUUGGUGAACAGUGACCUCUUGUCAGCCUUGAGAUCUGUAUUUGCCUCUUCUGAUGUCUCCAGCCCUUCUUGAAACACUCACAGGAACUGAUGUGGUGCAACCGUGGGAUUUGUAAUUCCUGAAUCCUGCCUGGCUGAUCCUAGAGGAGGAGGAGGAGGAAGGGGAGAGCCUCCUGUCUCUGCCACUCUUCAGCUCCUCACAUUCCUCAGGCUCCAGCUCCAGCUCUGGACCCCCACCCUGCUGCAGGGCUCAAAAAUGCCUCGUGGCUCAUGGGAAGCAGGAAGACAGCAGUGGGAGUGAGGGUUUCACAAUCUGCUCCCCACUCAGCUGCUGUGGGGCUGCUUGGUGUUUCCCAGCAGGGAGAGAGAGAAAAAUGCUGAAUUAGAGAGAGAAAUGCUGAAUUUCUGACCAGAAAACACAGGAGACACACCUUCAGCAUGGCCCAGAAAAGUCAGACUGGUGGAACUGAGAAAAAUGGGUCCUCCCUCCUGUACAGCAAGAAUGAUCUCAAGGAAGGAGCCCUGCAGUGGGUGCCAGAACCCCCCCAAGGCCAGGUGCUGCUGGUGCUCAGCCUGGACAACACCUGCCCCAGCUCCUCCUUUGACAUGGACCUUUGUGCUGACAAACUGCAGUCCCUUGGCAUCCAGGUGCCAAUGGAUCCAUGGAGAAGGCUGAUCCAGGAGGGAGUGCUGAGCCCCCGAGUGAGGCAGUACCUGUUCUACAGCUCCAGGGGCUGCCAGAUUGCCAUGGCCAUGGUAUUCUACAUCUCUCUCUGGACAAACCUUUACUCCACCCUCCAGCUGUGUUCCCUGGGCCACUCCUGGGGGGCUGGCGUGCUGGUGACACUGGUGGCCCUGGCUCUCACUGUCCUGGUGAUCCUGGUCAUUGAUGGGCACCACAGGAAGCUAAAUGUGAACACAGAUGUGAGGCUGGCAGCUGUCAAUGAAAUCUUUAUCAAAUACAGCAUAAUCCUGGGGAUUACAGAUGUCCUGGAUGGACCACACAACAUCCUGCAACUGUGCUUUGUGCACUUCAGCCCCCAGCCCUGCCUCCAGGCCCUGGCAGCCCACAUCACUCACCUGCAGGGGACACAGGCAGGCUUGAGGCACAGGCUGAACAAGCUCUGGGUGGUCAUGGAUGUGGCAGCUCAGCCCGAGCUGGGGGUGGAGGAGGAGGCUCCAUGUGAAGAAUCUCCUCUUUUAUCCAGAGGGGUGACCCUGAAUAAAGAUCCUGUGACCUGCAGUGAGCUCCUGCACCUCAUCCCCGAGGGCCCACCCCAGGCCAUGGCCCAGCAGCUCCUGGUGCUGUUCAGCGCGUGCUACGUGCGGCUCCUGGUGACGGGCCGGCUGCCUCGGGCCAGCCCAGGGGGACACCUGGGCCACAGCAGCAUCCCCUGCCUCUGCCAGUUCAUCCAGAGCACGCUGCUCUGCUCCUGAGCCAGGAAUGACACACGUCACCCUGCUCUUCUAAGCCUUCUGAUGGUUACAUUCUUGUAAUGGAGUUUCUCAUGCGCUGUCACCAUGAUAUUUUCUGACAAAUCCUUUUGCCAGGAUUUUCCUCUUGAGAAGCCUCAGAAAAGAAAUGUAAACAAUAAUUUUCUGAUUGCUUGGAUUGGGGUCUGGAGGUUACUUCCCAACAGGUGCAUCUUUGAUUGACGGAUUGUGAGAAUUGUUUUUAAUUAAUGGCCAAUCCCAGUCCAGUUGUGACAAGACUCUGGUCAGCCACAGAUUUUUAUUAUCCAUUCUUUUAUAGCCUUCUGAUGUCUUCUUUAUCUUUAGUAUAGUUUUAGUAUAUAAUUUUCUUUUAAUAUAAUAUAUAUAAUAAAAUAAUAAAUCAGCCUUCUGAGAACAUGGAGUGAGAUCCUCAUCUCUCACCUCAUCCUGAAGACCCUCACAAACUCAACAAGGAAUGUCACCCUGUUCUUUUAAGUUCUUCUAAGCCUUCUCAAAUUUAUAUUUUUGUAAUGGAGUUUCUCAUGCAUUUUUAUGUAAAUCAUGAUUGUUUUUGUAUUCUUUUCUAGAAAAGGAGAAAUUUGAUAGACUGUUAGUUUAACCAGGGCCAUUAGAGAAGUAACAGUUUCAUCCUCCAAUCCAGGGUCACUUUUGAAAGUCUAUAUAUAUCAAAGUCAAGAAAUAAACUUUCUUCUUUUUACCUUAGAA